UUGCAUCUUAAACUUGUUUUUUUGUAACAGUAUAAGUACUUUGUAGAUUAAAUAUUGAAAUAACAUCUGUCCACUUCCAGUAGUUAAAGAGCUGUCUAUAAAUAGAUAUGUUCUUAUAAACAUUUUUCUGUAAAAUUAUAUUUACACAUAUACGUCCUUUUAUAUAGGCUUUUUAUUUCUAAAUGAGCCCCUGCAGUCUUUGGUCCAAAGUGUAUAAAGAGUCUUAUUUAUCAAGUUCAGUAAGUUAAUUAUUUACUAAGGAGAUACUGUAGUUUAAGGUCAAAUGUAUCUGAAGGUAUUUUAUGACUGAACUUUGACUUAAAGAUAUCAGAUGGAUUUCAGAUUUUAGCUUGUUUCGUAGAGCUAACAUAAUCUUGAACAUCAGCUUUAGAAACUAAUGUAUCCAGUCAUUUUCAUUUUACUUUAACUUCAAGUGAUGAAGAGAUUGGUUUAUAUGUUAGAAGUAAACUGAAAAUAAAGACUACUUGACUGUUGGUGGAACAAAAUGUACUGUGAAACUCAGAAAAAUGGACUUUGAUGAUGCUCAACAUCUCUCAGAGCUGAGGAUUGUGUUAAUGGGGUAUAGACGAGCUGGUAAGAGUUCAACAGGAAACAGCAUCCUGGGCAGAGACGAGUUUGACUUGAAGACAUCUGUUCAGUGUGUGAGGAGGAGACAUGGAGAAGUAGCAGACAGACACAUCACUGUCAUUGAACCUCCAGGAUGGUAUAAGAAUUACACUGUAGAGCAGAGUCCUGAGUUACUGAAACAGGAGAUUGUGCUCAGUGUGUCUCUGUGUCCUCCAGGACCACACGCUGUACUACUGAUCAUACGUGUGGACACUAGAUUCAAAGAGACUGAUAGAAAAGCAGUGCAGGGGCAUCUGGAUCUUCUCGGUGAGAGAGUCUGGAGUCACACUAUAGUGUUGUUCACUCAUGGAGACUCUCUGUCAGACACAUCUAUAGAGCAGCACAUUGAGAGUGAAGGACAGGAUCUCCAGUGGCUGCUGGACAAAUGUGGGAACAGAUAUCAUGUUCUCAACAAUCAGAACAGGAGCGACGACACUCAGAUCAAGGAGCUGCUGGAGAAGAUUGAGGAGACAGUGGCACAAAACAACGGCUGCCAUUUUGAAAUAGACUGAAAGAUUUUACAGGAGAUGAAAGAAAGAAGAAGAGCAGAGGAAGAGAGAGCAAAAGAACGAAUGAAGAGGGUGAAAAAACAGAGAGAUGACAUCAGAUCACAGAUGAGUGAUGCUCAACAUCUCUCAGAGCUGAGGAUUGUGUUAAUGGGGUAUAAAGGACCUUGUAAGAGUUCAACAGGAAACAGCAUCCUGGGCAGAGAUGAGUUUGACUUGAAGACAUCUGCUCAGUGUUUGAGGAGAUAUGGAGAAGUAGCAGACAGACACAUCACUGUUAUUGAACCUCCAGGAUGGAGGAGGAAUAACACUGUAGAGCAGAGUCCUGAGUUACUGAAACAGGAGAUUGUGCUCAGUGUGUCUCUGUGUCCUCCAGGACCACACGCUGUACUACUGAUCAUACGUGUGGACACUAGAUUCAAAGAGACUGAUAGAAAAGCAGUGCAGGGGCAUCUGGAUCUUCUCGGUGAGAGAGUCUGGAGUCACACUAUAGUGUUGUUCACUCAUGGAGACUCUCUGUCAGACACAUCUAUAGAGCAGCACAUUGAGAGUGAAGGACAGGAUCUCCAGUGGCUGCUGGACAAAUGUGGGAACAGAUAUCAUGUUCUCAACAAUCAGAACAGGAGCGAUGACACUCAGAUCAAGGAGCUGCUGGAGAAGAUUGAGGAGAUAGUGGCACAAAACUACUUCGCUAUUAGAAGGAAGAUCAGCCCUAUUAAAAUACAAGGAAUGGAUAAUAGAAUAAAAUCAGAAGAGCAAAUGCAGCCAUGGGGAGAGGACAUCAAAUCACAGAGCUUUAGUGGUGCUGUAGGAUCGGAUUCGUGCUCUCUGGCAAGUUCUGCUUACGGUUCAUUCAGAUCCUCUGAAGCUGACAUCAGCUCAAUUUAUGGGUCUUCACAGUCCAUAGAUGUCUCUCUCAUAAGCCGAUUAAAUUCAGGGGUCAGGAAAAUGUUUAAUAGCAUGGAACUCACACCACCAUUGAUGAGUAGAGAUGAAAGGUUGAACACAUUGGAAAGUUCCGCUAGUUCAUUUAGAUCACAAUCAGAAGCAGACAUCAGGUCAUCAUAUUCCAGAGAUUCAUAUCACACAAGAAAAUAUGAGUCCAAUGUCCUAAAUACACAUAACAGCAUGGAACUCACACCACCACUGAUGAGUGGAGAUGACAGGUUGGACACAAGGUCUGUGGGAAGUUCUGCUCACGGUUCAUUCAGAUCACUAUCAGGAGCAGACAGCGCCUCAGAUUUUAGCUCAUCACAAGUCUCAUCUCACAGCUCAAGAUUUGGGUCUGUACAGCCAAUUUCUGAGUCUGUUGAAGAGCCAGAACCCAACAGAACACAAGAUGUGCCCAAGAUCUCAAAACAUGAGCAUAAGGACACUGACUGAAGUUAAGUGAUGUCUGAAUAAUCCCGUUUUUGUAAUUCUGACAUAAUGUUUAACUGUAAAAUAUACAAAACCGCUUAAAGUAAUAAUCUGAUUAUUCUAAAACAGAACAAAGGGAAAUUUAUAUUAUUAUAAAAUAUUUUUUUGGUUAUAAUACAUUUUCUACAGAUUGAUCAACAAUAUCUACAUUUUUCGGAGGUUUAUAUACAUAAUGACUCCACUGCAAUAAUUUUCAGUAACAGCUGCCAAUGUAGUUUUUUCAGUCAGCCAUGAAAAAUAUGGAAAUGGUCAGCCAUAAAAGUGCCUGUUUGCAGUGCUUGUAUACUUACCGGUAUCUCAAAUCCAUUCCUUUUGUGAUCUUAUAUUUGGUAUGUAUAAUCCCUAACUUGCCAAAGUAUCUGUAGAAAUCUGUAACGCAAAAUAUAUUGUCUGUUAUAUCAGAAUAUUUUAAAAAUGUGUAUUGUAUUCUUUUAUAUAGUUAUUCUUAAAUAUAUGCAUGCUUUAUAUUUUCACCAAAACAUUCAUAAAGGAUGUCCUUUUUAACUUUAA